UACAUGUCCCAUCAUCUUCAUCACCGUUGCUGUCCCUCUCUCCACACUCUGUUUCAAAACGAGCUCCAAAUCGGGUCGGAUCUCGGUCCCACUCUCGGGUUCGGAGCUAUGGCCAUGUUGUUCCGAGGACUCAGUUCCCGGGUUUCCCGUUCUGUUACCAGCAACCUCACCAGCAGUGAAUUUGUUUGUUGAACAUUGGAGCUCCUUUAUCCAAAUUGUUUUCUAAAACACCAUUUUUUCAUGCAAUAAUCAGGAACUCAUACUGGAAACCUGCACAAGCAACUGUCUUGCCCAGUUUUCUCCGCCCUUUGAGCACCACCUCAGAGGUGAAAAAAGGGGCAUCCAUGGAGGAUCUAAGGAGUCUGAGGUUCGCUACUGCAGUUAAGACUCCAUACCUACCCAACGGCCGGUUUGAUCUCGAAUCAUAUGAUAACUUGGUGAACAUGCAAAUCGCCAACGGUGCUGAGGGCAUUCUUGUCGCCGGAACAACUGGUGAAGGCUAUUUAAUGACCUGGGAUGAUCAAAUCAGUCUUAUUGCCCACACUGUCAAAUCUUUUGGUGACAAAGUUCAGGUUAUCGGCAACUCCGGAAGCAACUGCACAUCAGAAGCGAUCAAGGCCACCGAGCGGGGUUUUGCUGCUGGAAUGGAUGUUUCCCUUCAAAUAAACCCUUACUAUGGCAAAACAUCCGCGGAUGGUUUGGUUGCUCACUAUAGCAAUGUGCUGUCUGUAGGUCCUGUGAUCAUAUAUAAUGUGCCUACAAGGACAUCUAGUGAUAUUCCUCCUAGUGUGAUUGAAAUCUUGGCACCGAAUCCUAACCUGGUUGGUGUGAAGGAGUGUGUGGGAAAUGAUAGGGUGAAAAAGUACACAAGUGAAGGACUUGUUGUAUGGACUGGGAAUGAUGAAGAAAGCCAUGAAGCUAGGUGGGAGUGUGGUGCUACUGGGGUUCACUCAGUUGCUGGAAACCUGGUUCCUGGUUUGAUCAGGAAACUCAUGUUCGAGGGUAAGAAUCCUACCCUGAAUUCAAAGCUGAUGCCUCUUUUUGAUUGGCUUUUCCAUGUGCCAGUUCCUGUUGCUUUGAACACUGCACUUGCUCAACUUGGGGUUAUCAAGCCAGUUUUCAGACUACCCCAUGUGCCUGUCCCCGUGGAGAAAAGGAUAGAGUUUGUGAAUUUGGUGAAGGAGAUUGGCAGAGAGUAUUUUGUUGGAGACAAAGAUGUUCAAGUUCUUGAUAAUGAUGACUUUAUCCUUGUUAGUCGAUAUUAAUUUAGAUUAUCUUCUUGAGGUCUUACAUUUGCUGUUGGGUUUUUUGUAUCUUGUUUAAGGUUUUCCCAUGUUGGGUUUCAAAUAAGCUGACUAAUUAGUCAAGGUUGGGUUUCAAAUAAGCUGACUAAUUAGUCAAGGUUGGGUUUCAAAUAAACUGACUAAGUCAAGGUUUGGUUUCUUUUCUGUCACUCUUUGCAGCUGGAUUUAAAAUCAGUUCCAAUCUA